GUGAACGGUAUAGGAUUCCAAAGAAUGAUAAAGAAGCACAAUUAUUUUGUAUACUUGAUAGGUGAAUUUAGAACAAGCAAGUGUUGUCCAAAAUACCACAAUAUGAAUUUAGAAAUAUUCAAACGACUUGAUAGCCGCCCUCAAACCUAUCAUUGA